CUUCUUCCCUUUCCUCUGUAGAGUGAGGAUGAAGAGGAUGGUGAGGAUGGAAAGUUUGGCGGUAGCGCCCCGGGGCCUGUAAGCCAGGAGGGCGUGCUGACGCAGGGUCUGCAGUACGCAGAGGAUGCAGCGGAGCAUGAGAACAUGAAGGCAGUGCUGAAGAGCAGCUUGCAGGGCUGCAGUGACAGUGGAGCGUCCACCGUGCCAGGCCUACGUACACGCACCAGAGCCAGCAGGCCAGGCCGUGUGGGUCCUUGGGGCUCAUCAGUGAUUGAAGACCCACCUAAUUGCACAGAGACAGAUGCUGCAGAUGAGAUCAUGGAGCGCAUCGUCAGGUCAGCCACUCAGGGGCCCAGGACACGGACAGAGCCUCGCGAGAGGAAGAGGUCCAGAGCCAACCGCAAGUCACUGAGAAGAACACUGAAAAGCGGUCUGACGCCAGAGGAGGCCAAUGCCUUGGGGUUGUCCAGUGGUUCAGAGAUGGCUGUGUGACAGGAAGAGAAGUAGAGCUGGAUCCGGCAGCACAUCACACACAGACACCUGGGAAACCCUCUUACCGCCUGCCCCGCCCUUCACUGACCCCUGACCUCUAACCCCUGCUCAUCCAGCCAGCCAGUCAACCGCUGCACCAUAGCUUCGCUUGGUCUUUCCCCUGGUUCAGCUUUAUGAUGACUGUAGCUCACCUUCCUGUCUGUGGUUUGUGCAGGUAGCUGUGACACAGUGUUCCACCUGGUUAAGAUGGUAAACAAUGUUCAGGAAGAGACCAUGAGGAAUAUGAUCCUCAUCCAGGACAAUAGAUGGUUUUCAGUGGAACAAAGUGGUAUUAGUAUA